CUGCGCCUUACUGAUUCUGGCCAGGCUUCCUGCCAAAUACUCAACCAGUUACAGCGUUGCCUUCAUUGAGGUACACAUUUGUAGUAGGCAUCCAGAGGAGAGGAGCUGGGAUGCGGUAUGUGUUAUAUCAGUGCAGAGAGAAUGCCUUCAGUGCAGAGCAGGCCACAGUCCUAAACCAGCCUUGAACCACCAGGAAGAGGAGCCCGGCAACGUCGGGGGGAGGUAAACGAGUCCAUGGAGCCGCCCAGUGAAGCGGAGGAGCAGCACGCUGUUACGAUCCCUGUGACUAUCCCUCCAGUGCAGUGCCGCAGGCAGGACAUUACAGCGGCGAGGGAGAGCAGUCGGAGGCGAGCACACCAACAGCAGCAGAACAACAAUAAGGAGGCUGGGGUACAACAACAACAGCAGCCACCACCUGCAGCCCGGUACCGCAGGUAUGACACCUCAGAAGGGGGGACCCAGGUUCAAGGGAAGCGAAAGCCACCAGAGGAUAAAGAGGCAGAGCAGCAACAGCCACUGCAGAGACCAGCAGCAACUCGAUACCGUAGACUGGCUGACGGGGAGGCUCGGAUUAGAGCUCAGCAGCAGAGGCAGAGGCGGCAACAGCAGCAGAGAGAGGCAGAGAUGGUGGAGGUAGAACGGCAAUCUCCACAACCCCCACUCCCACAGCAGCUAGAGGCAGAAGAUGACCAGUUGGAGGAGGAGGAAGGAGGAUUGGGGCUUGCAAGGUCAGCCAGCACCGAGAGUGGCUUCCACAACCACACAGACAGAGCCGAGGGAGAUGUGGGGCUGGCUUCAGAAGCGGAGGAAGAGACGGCGCUGGGAGGGGAAGCGGUGGAGGAUGAGAACGCCUAUGCAGUGCACUAUCGUCCUGAGGCGGAGGAGUACACAGAGAGUGCUGAGGCAGAGCAGCAUGGAGGGCCCUACCAGCCCCAGCCUCAACCACCACCCCCUCUGAACCCACUCCCACACUUUCACCAUCUCGAACAGGAUGAGGAGGCCAUGGGUGCGACCUACUCAGGCUACGUCUACACUCAGCGUCUGUUUCAUGGCAAUGAAGGGGAGCGGGGUGAUGGGGAUGAACCCUACUCAGAACCCUAUGCUGACUACGGGCUGCAGGAGCAUGUUUAUGAGGAAAUUGGGGACACCCCACCAGAGGGGGAUCAUCCCCAACAUCGGGGAAGCAACUUCUGUCUCUUUGAGCACGAGAGCUAUCGGCAGGAGGCGCUGGGUGCCCGGUUGCACCACUAUGACGAGCGUUCCGACGGAGAGUCAGAUAGCCCUGAGAAGGAGGCAGAGUUCGCACCCUACCCCCGCAUGGACAGCUACGACCAGGAGGAGGACAUAGAUCAAAUUGUGGCUGAGGUCAAGCAGAGCAUGAGCUCUCACAGUCUGGACCAGGCUGCUGAUGAGGAGAGGCCCGAGACCGAGCAGAACUCACAGGAGCACGAGGAGGGUAAACCAGCAGGGGAAGAGGCGGGCAGUCCCCCAAGGCCCUCAGCCACCAGCCCUACCGGGGAACAGCCCAUACAGAGGCACGGCAAGGAGAAACGAGACGCCAUCUCUCUGGCUAUCAAGGACAUUAAGGAAGCCAUUGAAGAAGUUAAAACAAGGACCAUUCGCUCUCCCUACACACCAGACGAGCCAAAAGAACCCAUCUGGGUAAUGAGACAAGACAUCAGCCCGACCAGAGAUUGUGAUAACCAAAGGCCACUAGGUGGAGAUUCUCCGGGUUCAGGUUCUACAUCACCUCAAGGGGCAGAAUCCUCUAUUAGACAACAUCUCCACGAUGGCAGUGACAACUCAGACUCUCCUCUUAAUAAAGAGUCAAGGAAAAGCUUGGCUUCAUUCCCAACUUAUGUUGAAGUUCCAGGACCCUGUGACCCUGAAGACCUUAUUGAUGGCAUCAUCUUUGCAGCCAAUUACCUUGGUUCCACCCAGCUGCUCUCAGACAAGACGCCCUCAAAGAACGUGCGGAUGAUGCAGGCCCAGGAAGCCGUCAGCAGAAUCAAGAUGGCCCAGAAAUUAGCCAAAAGCAGGAAGAAGUCUCCGGAAGGAGAGUCCCAGCCCAUGACGGAGGUGGAUCUUUUCAUUUCCACUCAGAGAAUCAAAGUGCUCAAUGCUGACUCACAGGAAACUAUGAUGGACCACCCCCUGAGAACUAUUUCUUACAUCGCUGACAUUGGGAACAUUGUAGUGCUGAUGGCCCGCCGGAGAAUGCCGUGCUCCAACUCCCAGGAUAACGUGGAGUCCUCGACCCCCUCACAGGACGAGAAGAAGCAGUAUAAAAUGAUCUGCCACGUCUUCGAGUCAGAGGAUGCCCAGCUGAUUGCUCAGUCCAUUGGGCAGGCAUUUAGCGUAGCGUACCAGGAGUUCCUUCGAGCCAAUGGGAUUAAUCCAGAGGACCUGAGCCAAAAGGAGUACAGCGACCUGCUCAACACCCAGGACAUGUACAACGAUGACCUCAUCCAUUUCUCAAAGUCUGAGAACUGCAAAGAUGUUUACAUUGAGAAGCAGAAGGGCGAGAUUCUGGGGGUGGUGAUUGUGGAGUCUGGCUGGGGCUCUAUCCUGCCCACUGUCAUUAUAGCCAACAUGAUGCACAACGGCCCUGCAGAGAAGUCUGGGAGACUCAACAUCGGAGACCAAAUCAUGUCCAUCAAUGGAACCAGCCUGGUGGGACUGCCACUCUCAACUUGUCAAACCAUCAUAAAGGGUUUAAAAAACCAGUCCAGAAUAAAGCUCAAUAUUGUGAGAUGUCCCCCAGUAACAACAGUUCUCAUCAGAAGACCUGACCUGAGAUACCAGCUGGGGUUCAGUGUACAGAAUGGAAUUAUCUGUAGCCUUAUGAGGGGUGGAAUAGCAGAGCGUGGUGGUGUUAGAGUUGGUCACCGAAUCAUUGAAAUCAAUGGACAGAGUGUUGUGGCAACACCGCAUGAGAAGAUCGUGCACAUUCUGUCAAACGCUGUUGGAGAGAUCCACAUGAAGACAAUGCCAGCUGCCAUGUACAGACUGCUGACUGCCCAGGAACAGCCAGUUUACAUCUGAGGCUGAUGAGCCCGGAGCCUUCACAUGCAUGGAGGGCUUGUUAUUGCAGUUGUGCUUGUGUUUAUAGUGCUGCAUUUCUGUGUCUGCUGAAACAUUUCCCAAUGUGUUUGUGCGUCAUUUUGUGAAACAUUUCCCAAUGUGUUCGUGUGUCAUUUGGUGAAACUCAAGGCAUCUUUUUUCACCAUUGCGUCUUCAUCUGAUCCCAUACAUUGAGCUGCAACUAUUUAUUGCAAGUCGAUUUUUAGCAAGUCAACCCCUUGCACUUUUCCCAGACUGAUAACUAAGAGACAGCUCCGACUAGAGGCCCAAUUGUGUUAUUUACAAGCACUAGCUAAUUUGCUUAUUUACAAUAAUAACACAUUUUUUUGUUUUUAAAGAUGUCCAUAUUGAUUUCUGUGUGUAGAUAAAGGUUUGAAAGGAAAGUUAAACCACAUUUAUGCACUACUGCUGUUGGUUGGCAUGAUUAUCUAGCUUCAAAUUAUAAAGGGGCAUUAUUUCAGAACAAUGUACUGCUUUGCAAUGCAUCAUAAAAUAUGACACAGGCUGGUAAAAGUACAAUGGUUCAUUUUGCUUUCAAUUUAUUUUAAAGGUUUGUUACAUUAUGACAAAGUGCUUAGUCUCAAGUACCAGUAUCUUAAAUAAGAGUCAUUGUUUUCAAGCAGAAACUAUUGCUCUGUCUUACUGCUUUCUGCUGCAGCCUGUAUUGGCCAUCAUCAUUACUGUAACCUGAAAAAACAAAAGAAAACUUGUGACAUUAGUUAAAACAUCAUUAACUACUACCUGCUUAUUCAAUGCAGCGUACAGAUGACAGUUAAACCUCUCAUAAUCAAGGCUUGAAAUUGGAAGCACGUAUAUUGUACAUUAUAAAAUAAUAUUUCCAUUAGGCUAGUCUCAAAUGGAUUCCAAUCCUUCAAGGGAAAGUCAGGUCAGCGUAAAAAUAAAAAGUGUCCUAUUUUUUUUUUUUUUGUCCUAUUUUUACGAAGAAUUCCUGAAC